AGGCGUGGUGGGGGACGUGGCCGAGGAAGCAACCAGUCCACCAUCGCAGUGUUCACUGGUCCGCGUACAGCACAUGUAGAUGCAUUCUUCAGGCAGUAUCCAGCCUUUCACUAUCGGCCGGAUAAAGACGCAUUGCAGGAGUUCCUUAGGAUGGUCAGACAGCUUCACCUUCGUGGUGACGACUUUGAACUCGCCCGUUCCCGCUUUUACUCAGCGUCGAAUCAUGAUUUCUUCCGUAUGGAUGAACGCAAUGUCGCAAUCUUUUUCGGCUUCUCGGUCGAUAGACCCUAUUCCAGACACCGUUGAUGAAUGCCAUAAGAAAGUCAAGAAAAUCCAUGUCAACAUUGUUGAUCUCCUUGAAGCCCGCAGACGAGGUCAAGAAAUCAGGAAAUUUCCGAGUCUCGCCGCGCUACAAAAAUAUACGAAGGAAGAGGGGAAGUUCUUUUCGAGGGAGGAUGCGAAGGCGGGCGGCGUCUUGGUUGGACUGUUGCAGCAUAUGUCUGGUCCUGCGAGACAUUUGAACUACAGGAGAUGGCUAUGCGAGUUAGCGUUCGUCCUGGGCUGUUGGCACUCUCAGGAUAUUCUUGAAUAUAUUGUCAUAUCAUUUCACAAACGACCCGGAUCAGGUCAUUCAGACGACGAAUACAGAGUAGACCUUCCAGAACAUGCCGCCAUGAUUCGCUUCGUGUCAACCAUGCAACCAACAUGUCCAGUUCACCCCAAUCCCUCGCUCCCGUACCCAAUCGCCAACAAGGGUAGUAAACACAUACGACGCGAAAUGACGCGACGCAGAAACAGAAGAGCGUUGCCCGCUGCCGAGGAAUUCACAAUAGAUGACUUCUUCGCACAAUACCCCGAGUUCGACUAUGACGCGUCUAACCCCGUCAUGUCCGAAUUCGAGAGGUUGUGCGUAGUUCGUACCUGGGGUCCUAAGAAACGUCGAACAGUAUACCAUCGACUGCAGGAUGGCCUGGUGGGCGAGUUCAAUCAACAAUUCGGGGUAGACGAGACGAGCUUAGACGCAUGGCAGAGUUUGUGUGAGGAGGUCAGAAUUAGGCCCAUCCCAUCGAGUAUCAAACAGUGUCGAAAGGCACUCGCACGCGUCCACGUCAAUCUUUUUGACCUCAUCGACGCUCGAAGGCUUGGCAAGAGAGUCAAAGUCUUUCGGUCUCUUCCCCAGAUGCGGAACUAUACCUUACAGACGGGGAGGAUUUUCCCAAAGGACAGAGCGAAAGCAGGAGGGGUUUUGCGGGUUUUGCUCCGAGAUAUCUUCUGAGACACAGAAAUAGUAUGCAUUGCAGUGUAAUACAGUAUAUAGCGUAGUAUAUAUCUGGUCUGUCGAACAUGUGUCUUGCGCGGCAUGUUGUUUGGCGUACCUCCCAAUUGACCCUUACGAAGGUUGUCAUUUGGGUACCGUUCCAAAUUGAACUCUAGUAUCUUGCCUAGGGGGCUUUGAAUUUGGUUCAGACCUUAGCCUGUAGCUGCUUAUCUUACGUAUAUUCAAAAUGUACGUUUGCCAGAAUUCUUCCCCGUCGACGCUGUCGAGCGAUCGGCACAUAGUUUGGAAAGGGACUCAAUCCACCGUUCCCUCCAUAUGUAAGUUGUUCUGAAUCAACCUAGCCUUUGGUC